GCUUGCAAUCCGGGUUCAGGGCUGGAUCUGCAGUUAGCUCUUUGCUUCAUCCCUUUUCCUUGUACGUUGAGGGGUGGGCAGAACACGCUGCUGCCAAUCAUACAGGCUGCGCUCCACCGAUUGCACUGGCAGUGUGUGUUUUAAACUCCUGAGACUUUUACGCUGCUCCGCUGAUAGGAUGCAGCGGGUAACGCUGUUCUUCGCGAGGCCUUUGCUCCGAAAGAGGGAGGCGUUCUGCAGCUGGAGACCGUGUGCAGCUAUGUCCAGUCUGCUCAUCCAGCAGCCCGACUAUGCCUGGCUUAAGGAGCUGGGCCUGAAGGAGGAAAACCCCGGCGUUUUCAACGGGAGCUGGGGAGGGCGAGGAGAGGUUGUCACCUCCUACUGCCCUGCAAACAAUGAACCAAUAGCCAGAGUAAGACAGGCCACUUUGGAAGAUUAUGAAGAGACUGUACGAAAGGCAAAAGAAGCAUGGAAAAUAUGGGCUGAUAUUCCAGCACCAAAACGAGGAGAAAUUGUGAGACAAGUUGGAGAUGCUUUGAGAAAGAAACUUAAAGUGCUGGGCAAUCUGGUUUCUUUGGAGAUGGGGAAAAUUUCUGUUGAGGGUGUCGGAGAGGUUCAGGAAUAUAUUGAUAUCUGUGACUAUGCAGUUGGACUGUCUCGAAUGUUUGGAGGGCCUGUGCUACCAUCUGAGCGUAAGCGAAGCUGUUCAGACCCUUCUUGGUGCUGAGUAAAUUUUUUUGUAUUUGAUUAAUACAGUGGAAUGAAA